AUGGAGAAAGAUUCAAGCGCUAAAUCACUACAGCAGUUAAUGGAUGAGUUUAUUCUUGGAAAUAGUUCCGCAAUCAACGAAAUUAUAAAAGGUAUCUACGAUGGCCACAUCAAGUUAAGCACCAUAGUAGAAUUGUUAGGACCUUAUUUAACAAGUGUAGAACAUGAAAAGCGAUUACAAGGUAUGAAGUUACUCUCGGAAGUCCUGCAAAUGUUGUCCAUGUAUAAAAUGCAAGCUACAGAAGUCCAGCUGUUAGUCGCAUUCUAUUCUGAUCGAUUACAAGAUCAUUUCUCUAUAUUGCCUGAAACAUUACGUGGUAUACUUGCAUUGGUACAGCAUCAAAUAAUUUCGGAAGAAGAUGCUGUUACUAUAGUGAAGGGAAUAUUUAAAGAGGUUCAAAAUCAGGCAUUAUUACAAGCUGACAGAAAUAAGGUCUACGCAAUUCUAGCUGGAUUAUUAGAUAAACACUAUGAAGGUAUCAAAAUUAUGGAUGCAGACUUUGUAUUUGGUUAUAUCCAAGUAAUGGACGGUGAAAAGGACCCUAGAAAUUUACUGCUUGCUUUAAAAAUUGCAAAAUUUAUAGUCCAAAAUUUCAAUAUUGAUUUAUUUCUGGACGAUUUUUUCGAAAUUAUAUCAUGCUAUUUUCCGAUUGAUUUUACACCGCCUCCAAAUCUACCUAGCAAUGAAAAUGUAACCAAAGAAGAUCUUAUUAUUGUAUUGCGUGAGAGUUUAACAUCCACAAGAAAAUUUGCUGGAAUUUCAUGUGCCAAAAUUUAUACUGCAACUGAUUUUCAAGAGUAUUUACAACCUAUUUGGACGGCUAUCCGACAGGAAGUUUUUCUCUCUAUGGACGAUCAAGUUCAGGAACUAAGUUUAGAAGCACUCAAACAUGUCGUUGUAACAAUAUCAAGUAAUUCUUUGCAGCAGCCCGAUCAAGACCCUCUCAAUGACUUUAUAAAUAUGAUAGUAACAGAAACUCAGCAGUACUUGCAAGAUCCUGAAUUAAAGCUUGCCAAUCCUUGCGGAAAUGUUUUGAAUGCGGUAGCUUCCGCAUCAGAUCGUUCGUGUUACUCGAUAUUAACUCCAAUCAUACCGCGCUUGGUAAAUUUGUAUAGCACGGAUAAGACGGUAAUCUUUCGAUGUAAAGUUCUUGAUAUCCUUAUAAAAUUAUUAAAUGCCGCAGCUAAUUGCCAACUAUCAGAACAAUUUAUAGCCCCGAUGGAUUGGCACGAAAUAGUAAAAUUACUCCAAUUAGCUAUGGAUACUUCAGAGGAGGAUAUUCGACUUCGUGUCACUGCUUCCUUUUCUAUUCUUAUCCAAAUUAAAGAUGCUUUACCAGCUGACGAGAUUGAGAGAAUUAGUAAUGAUAUACUAAAACGCGCACUUGAAGACCCAUCCAGUAUCGUUAGACAUGGUAGUAUAUCGACAUUGGCUACAAUUGCUUCCGUGCUACCUGACGUUAUCAUUACUACAGUUAUCCCUUACAUCAGAACCAGUGUUACUAAUUUGCAGCUACUUUUGCAAUGUUUAGCUAAUGUUAAAAACCGUAUCGAAAAUUGUCUGUACCUCUACCAUUAUUUAUUCGAUGACAUUCUAUGGCUUUGUGUAUACAAUUCUUUAGAAGAAUCAAUUAACAGCUUCGAAUUCAAAACGAUUAAAAUUAUCGCUAGCAUUGGCCAACUAAUUUACCUUAAUCUUGAUGAAAGUUCUCAAAAGAAGUUCAUAGAUAACUUGCUUGAGUUAUUCAUGAAUGGUCAAGUUUCCGUACUUAAACCCAUGACAGUUAUCGAUGAGCUACCCUUAAAACAAUUUUAUCCACUAAAUGUAGCGUCGUCUCAGCGACAAGUGCAAUUAAUUGAAAUAUUGUGUAAAAUAUUAGGAGCAAUUAAAUUUAGAGAUGGAAUUUUAAGCCCUAAUGACAUGAUUACUAAUUUAUUGGAUAUAUCCUGUAAAAGUGUACAUCAACCUUCAGCUACCUCUGCCGCACAACUUCUCUCAUCUAUCAUCAAUAAAAUGGAGGAAGGAGAUCAACUUGAAAAUUAUAUCAAAAGUAUUACCAAUACAAUUUGCAAUGUGCUAUAUAGUAAAAAUGUUGAAACGGAAAUGAAAAAUGCUGUAAACACUUGGAUUUGGAUGUUUGCUAUACUGUGUCGAUAUUCGUGCUCUUUGUUUCAUUAUUCUAAUUUCGAUAUUAAAACAUCGUUUGAUGCAUCUUUCCAGUUAAUGAAAGCUUUAAUUAUGCGCAGUCAUCCGUAUUCAAAUGAAGCUUUAAUACAAGUGUUAAAGUUCUUCAAAUUGCCAAAUGUCGGACAUGUUGCCUCAGCAGGCUUUAAAAUCAUUAUUGGCGACGAGGAAAAUAUUCUUUGCGAAAGCACGAAUGCUAUUGUCAAGUUUAUGUAUAAAAAUCGAUUUUUCAUGAUGGCAUCAGAAAAAUUAAUGGAAAAUUACCGUAUCGCUUCAAAAGGUAUUAAACACCAUUACUUAACGGCUUUAUCUCAUUUGCUUAAUGGUGUGCCAAAGCAAAUGUUACUAAAUCAUCUUCAAAUGUUAAUGCCGUUGCUUGUUGAAUCUGUGAGUUGCGACGAAGAGUCACUUCGCCUUUCGUCUUUGCAAACAUUACGACCGUUAAUAACUGAAGCUCCUGACAUUAUCUCCAACUAUGUUGCUUCGAUGUUGCCUGAGCUCUUGAAAUUAUGUAACUUUCCGUCCUCCAUGAAAAUCCGAAUAUCUGCUCUUCAAUCUGUUAACGAUUUAGCUUCCCUUCCAAUCCACUUGGUCGUUCCUUACAAAUCUAAAGUUAUAAAUGAAUUGGGUAAUACUGUCAAUGAUAAAAAGAGAUUGGUUUUUACUGUAAUCAAUCCAAAAAAGCAACAAUGA